AUGUACUGCACACAGUCCCAGUCAGCGACGCCUUUACAGUCAUUCCUGGGUGGCAUAGGCCUAGUCUUGCCCGCCCACGCGCUCCUUCUCCUUAAUGGGAAGGUAUUCGGUAUUUCUGGCUUCAUGCACCGCUGCCUGCGUGGAGAUAAAGAGGCUGCCGCUGGAGUCGCUGGUCUUAUAGCUGGCGGUGCCGUGGUUGGCCUCAUUGAUCGCGCAGGACCAUCGCCUAUCACUCUGCCGUUGUCUCUCGUUGCUCUUUCCGGAGGACUGGUUGGACUCGGCACUAAGCUCGCUAAUGGUUGCACAUCUGGCCAUAUGGUGUGCGGACUAUCGCGCCUGUCAAUUAGGUCGCUGGCCGCCACUUGCACGUUCUUUCUGACUGGAGUCUUGACUACGCGAGUGCUACACAGUACAUCCAACGGCACUCUCAGCGUCGGCACGGAUUGGUCAUUGGGCUUGCACGGCUACAGCCUGCUCGCUGCGCAACUUGUGCCGCUCGCUUUCAUAGCUGCGUCUUAUCUCAAGCCUGACGUUAGAACGACUGACUGUCUUGCGCCCAACGACGAAGAAAAGAAAACAACGCGUUCGACGUCUCGCCUUCUCGCCGCCUUCACAACCGCCGUCGACUUCGCACUCGCUCUCCGUCUCUCCAAUCUAGUCGACCCGCAGAAAGUCCUUUCCUUCCUCGUCCUUCCGCCCGUCGUGCGUAAUAUCGUCGACGCGCCCCUCCGCGCCGUUGGUCUCAUGACUGGUUCCCCCACUCGACCCUUCGAUCCAUCGCUCGCGUUCCUCGCCGCUGGUGCGCUGCCCCUAGGCAUGGCCCUAUACCGUUUCUUCAGAGGACCGGAAGUCCCGCGCCUAGGCGGGCAGUGGAGCAUACCCAAGGGUGGUAAAGUCGAUGCGCGUCUCAUCGUCGGCGCGGCGAUCUUUGGCGUUGGGUGGGGGAUGGUCGGGAUCUGCCCUGGUCCGGCACUGGUCAAUUUGGGGCGCACUCUGUCGUCGAAGACUGACUUGGGCCCUCUUUUGGUCUGGUUGAGCACGUUCAUCGUGGGAGGGUUGAUCGCGCCUGCGUGA